UUGAAUAAAACGAUGGCCUACCCUCAAACGGUGCCGUUCAAUUCUGAGUUUAGUAUAUAUACAAGUGAAGUGAUGGGCAUUGUAAUUCUUUGCCUAGAAAAAAAGCACUACACGUGAAAACUUUUUCAGCAAUGGGAACCGCAACAAAGAAGGGCAUUCUCAAAAAUGAAGCACUUCAAAAGUACAUUUUCGAGAAGAGCUUCCCGAGAGAGCAUGAGCAAUUGAAGGAACUCAGAGAGGCCACAGCCAAGCAAUAUCCCAUGUGGAGUUUUAUGAAUGUGCCUGUUGAUGAAGGGAUAUUCCUCUCAAUGCUUCUAAAGACUAUGAACGCGAAGAAGACAUUAGAGCUUGGAGUCUUUACUGGUUACUCUCUUCUUACUACUGCUCUAGCACUACCAGUUGAUGGCAAGAUAAUAGCUAUUGACCCAAACAAGGAUGCAUAUCAAAUUGGAUUGCCAUUUAUUCAGAAAGCUGAAAUGGAGCAUAAGAUUAACUUUAUCGAAUCAGAAGCCUCGCCAAUUUUAAAUGAUCUAAUUAUCAACAGCAAACAAGAAGGGACAUUCGAUUUUGCAUUUGUGGAUGCUGACAAGGAUAACUACAUCAGAUAUCACGAGCUUCUUUUAAAGCUGGUUAAGAUUGGUGGAAUAAUUGGUUACGAUAAUACCUUAUGGUUUGGAUCAGUGGCUGCUCCUGAAGAGGAUGCUAAGGAAGGAUUUAUUAAGCAUCACAGAAAAAGUUUCAUGGAGUUGAACAACUUUCUAGCAACUGAUCCCCGCAUCGAAUCGUCCCUCAUUUCAAUUGGAGAUGGCCUCACCCUUUGCAGGCGCCUCUACUAGUGAAAUCAACACAUUGAAGUUGUUGCUACACUAGAAAGUUACUCCAAUAGUUAUAUAGAAUAAAUCAAAUAUUUGAAAAAUAAAUAAAUAAUGACUUGCAAAUUGGCUUGACAGUAAGGAUGCUCAAUAAGGAAAAAUUAUUCCGUAUAUUUGAUGUAUAUCUUUUUCUCGCGUAAGGAUGGACCUAAUAUAGGUAGCCAAGUCAUUGCAUGAGCAUGGAUCAGUAUUUGUUAUAUAUAUAGCUUGCUUUUAAACUCUUA